AUGACAACAUCGAACUUUGAUGAAUACGCUCGGACUCAGAUAGAUGAGUUAAAAUUAUUGGGUAGCGAAACGCAUACAUCAGUUAUAUUCAAACUCGACUCGGCAUCAUUUAAUGAAGAAGCGAAAGAACAUAUUAUAAUUGGACGAAUAUUUCCGCAUUCAGAUAUUUUUAAAGAGGGUGCAUUUCAAAUUCAAAUAAAAGUACCACCCUACUAUCCAUUAAAUACACCAAAAGUAAAAUUUAUAACUCCUAUCUAUCAUCCUAGUGUGAACAACGAUGGUGAGUUUCAUCAUGAAUUAUUAUUGAAAACCGCCUGUUGGACUUCUAAAACAACGUUGAAAGAUAUAGUCAAAGCUAUUGUUGAGCGUAUCGAUGCAGCUGAAGUCUAUUGUUUCAAAAACUGUGAAGUUGCUGAAGAGUAUGUAAAAGAUCGAAUGGGAUUCAAUCGUAAGGCACUGGAAAUGGUCAAACAGUUUGCAUUACCACGAAACUAG